AUGGCGGGACCAACCUCUACUCCCUCCCCAGCCGCUCAGACUCCGUCACAGACACCACUAGCAUUGACAUCCCCCCAAACAGCCCUCGCGCUCAUCCCACCCCAGCACCUCUGGCCACGCCUGGACCGUCUCCGAGCCUUGUACGACCGGGCGUACCCAGCCUGGCCGCCCCAUGUAAAUGUCGUCUACCCGUUUGUACGGGCUGUGGAGCUUGAGGAUGCAGUUGCGCGGGUAGCCGGGGUUCUUGAAGCAUCUUUCCCUACCACGUCUUCGGGUGGUUCUGAGGGGGCCACUGCUGUGGAAAGUGGAAGUGAAAGCGCAAGCGGCAAGGGUCUAAACAUAUCCCUCGACAGCGUAGGCGUCUUCGAGCGCCCCGGCAAAGGCCGAGAGAACACGCUAUAUCUCCACGACCAACAUCAAAACACGGCCAACUCCGGUUCAGCCCUCGGUCGGCUGCGACGUCUGAUCCUCUCCGCCCUAGGCAACGAUACCUCCUCGGACGGUAACGCCCAUAAUAACAAAGGAGAGAAACAGUAUCGCAUGCACCUGACUAUGGGGCAGACGGACGACGCGACGAGUAGUGCACACCGGUUUUUGGUGGAUAAGAUUGGGCUGGUGCCAAGGGUAACAUGGCGUGCGACGCAGCUGGCGGUUCUGGUGCGGGAGCAGGAUGGGAAGGGGGGGAGUGUGAUGCGGUUGUGGGGGACGGUUGGGUUGAAUGGGGGGGUGAGCAGGGUUCAGGAGGGGGAGAGUGUGUUUUACCCUUUGAAUGCUGCUGCUGCCGUUGCUUCUCCUGGUGAGGGCGGAAAGGAAGCAGACGAAACGGAAACGGAAACGGAAACGGAACCGUCCGCAGCAGCAAAGGACACGCUGCAAACCCGCGCUGUAUAUCACACCGGUACUUCACCAACUCCCAGGACAGCCCCCAACAACAUCCUCACCAUAGCAAGUUACAACGUCCUCGCCGAAUUCCACCACCCGCCCUCUUCGGCCCGCCACCCUCUCCUCCUCGACAAUCUCUUAUCUUCCAACGCGGACAUCCUCCUCCUGCAAGAAGUCACCGACGCCUUUCUGUCAACCCUCCUCUCCGACCCGCGCAUCCGCACCCGCUACCCCUUCGCCAGCCACGGCCCGCCUUCUGAACCCAACACCGAGCCGCUGCCAAGUCACCUCAACGUUGUCGUGCUGAGCGCGGUAGAAUUUGACUGGGAGUAUGUCUCGCUAUGGAGACGACACAAAGGGGCCGUCGUUGCACGGGUCAACCUCAACACCAACACCAACGGCGAGAACCCCCAAUCCGUAAUAAUCGCAGCCCUCCACCUCAACCACGGCCUAACCGACGGCGCCGUCACUGUCCAACGCGGCGAUCUCAAACGGCUAGUCGGCUACCUUCGCGCGACCUACCCGGGCCAGCCGUGGGUGCUGGCGGGGGAUUUUAAUAUCUCGACGUCGAGCGUGUCGAUCGGCACGGCGGUGAAGAAGGGCACGUUGUCGGAGGUGUCGAGGGGGUAUUUGGAGGGUUUGGAGGAGUGGUUGGGGGAGGAGGGUGAGGGGGGGUUUGUGGAUGCUUGGGGGGUUUCUGCGAAGGGUGGUAGUGAGGAUGAGGAGGAUGAGGAUAUUGCUAAAGGAGAAGAGGGCGCGACGUGGGACCCGACACGUAAUGCAUUGGCUGCGGCUAUGGCUGCGAGCGGGGGAAACGUGCGGCCGCAGCGGUAUGAUCGGAUUUUGGUGCGUGGUGAGGGGGUGCUCGAGGUGGAGGGGUUUAGCAUGUUUGGGUUUCGGACGGGGAUUGAUGAAAAGGGGGAGCCGAUGUAUGCCAGUGACCACUGGGGGGUUCGGUGUACUUUGAAGGUUGGCGGUCAAGACAAAGCCGAGGAGGAAGUUGAGGAGGAAGAGGAAGAGGAGGAGGAGGAGGAGGAGGAGGAGAUAUCCGAGAAAAUCGCCCGCCUCGUCGUCCCUGUGGACCUCCAACACGCCCCUUCACCCCUCGCAUACCCGAACAGCAUCCACAACGCCCUGCUCGCAGCGAACAUCAUCCCGACACCGGACGACUACGCCAACCGCGAGAAAGCUCUCGACUUUCUCCGGCGCGUGCUCCUCGACUCUGAUUCCCAGGGCAAAGGGGAAUCCACGGAAACCGCCCGCGGCCAACCGACCGUUGUCGUCGUCCCCGUCGGGUCUUAUGCUCUCGACGUGUGGACGCCCACCUCGGAUAUGGACGUCCUCUGCAUCGGCCCGUUCAGCACCCGCACCUUUUUCGCCCUGGCCUCGCAGCGUAUCCGUCGGGCCGCUGCUGCUUCCUCAAAAAAGAACAACCCUGAAAAAGAAACCGACACCAUCCGCAUCCUCCGCCGCGUCCGCGCGAACCACGGCACAAUGCUCGAGCUAGAAGUCAACCACAUCAAAAUGGACCUGCAAUACUGCCCAGCCACUGCCGUCGCCGAACGCUGGCCGUCCGUCCUCAAAACCCCACCCUCCGACCCCGUCUGGUCGCUGUCGGCCCCGACGCUGUCCAAACUCAAAGCCGCCCGCGACGCCGACUACAUCCUGCGCUCGGUGCCGGAUAUUACCGUCUUCCGCACGGCGCACCGCUUCCUUAGGGCAUGGGCUGUCGCUAGGGGUAUGUACGCGGCAAGGUUUGGGUUUUGGAGUGGGAUUCAACUGUCGAUUCUGCUGGCGAGGGUGUAUAAGCUUGUUUCUCAGGAUCCGGAUAAGUCCCAAGAUACGGCCAUAUCAGCAGAAGACCUAGUAACAACCUUCAUCCACCACUACGCCACCUUCGACUGGCCCACCCAACUCGCCUUCGACCCGCUCUUUCACCGCCAACGUCUGCCAUACACCCGCAUACCCUCGCGCGAGCCGAUGGCUGUGCUGGGGUAUUUCCCACCCGCCUUAAACACCGCGCAAGCGGCCUCGGUACCGUCGGUGCGGACGUUAGUCACCGAACUACAACACGCCCGCGAUACCCUGUCUCUUCCCCCCUCUCUACCCUCCGAAGGGUCUGGGUCAGCGACGUGGACCUCCCUCCUAACACCAACAACUACCUUCCUCACCGCCCACAAAUCCUACGUCCGCCUCGACGCGCAGUACUGGGGUCUCCCCCCCACGCGUGGCGCCCGCUUCCUUGGCUGGCUAGAGUCGCGCUGUGUCGGGUUGCUGGUGGAUAUGCACCGGCGUGCGCCGGGUGUGCAUGCGCGCAUGUGGCCGGGGCGGUUCGUCGUUUCUGAGCCGUCCCCUCAAGAAGACCAGAACCCCGAGGGUGAUGAGAUGGAAGGGGAAGGGGAGACUAGUAGUAGUAGAGACUUCCGCGGGUGCUAUCUCAUCGGGCUAGACAAAGCCGACCCCGAGAAAACAAGCAGGGAGGAAUUGCAGGUUGCGCUCGGCGCGCUGCAGACAGUGCUGGCGCGGUUUGAGGCGCAGAUGCGCGGGGAUGAGAAGUAUUUUGAUGCGGGGCAUUGUUGGGUUGGUGCUGCGGUGGUGAGUCGGGCGGAACUGGGGGGGUUGGAGGUGGAUAAGAAGGAGAUGGGGGGGUAUACGGCUGGGGAGGAGGAGGAGGAGGAUGAGGAGGAGGAGGAAGAGGAAGUGGUGGUUGGGAUUAUCCCCGGUCAAGAAUCGGGAGAAGACACGGAUCACCCCAAGCCCAGGAACAACAAAAACAAGAAAAACAAACAACACGAGAAACCUACCCCCAUCGACCUCCGGGCGGACAAAACUCGCAAGUUCCGCACCGCCGCCGACGCUCUGCACCGCAUCCGCUGGGAUCCCCAUCUGGACCGCACCGACUACUUGGUCGGGUACGAGGACCGGUUUUUGGGUGCACAGGAAAAAGACCUUGAGGGUUGGAAGACGGAACAGACGGACGAGGAGUUUAUCCCGCAGCAUAGGAUUUUGUAUUUCCGGAGGAAGAGCGAUGGGCGAGUGGUGUGGGAUCGCAGGACGAGGUGGGAUGAGUUGUUUGGGAAUGUUUAG